UGCAACUGAGAGUGGCCCGCUCAUAGAGGCAAAGUUAUGGCACAGUCAUCAUCGGAAGAAGAGGUCCCGCAGCAAUUUCUCUCUGCCACAAAGUCCUCCGCUGGUGACGCGCAAGCAUUUCUGGGACGCACAACACCGGAGCGAGAAAACCCCAAAUUAAACUAAUUGAAAUCGGUGCAGAAGAGCGUCGAGGACAGAAAGAGAUUUCAGCAGAGUUGAGUUGAGUGAGGGGCACAAUGCAACAGGCCUGUGAAGUGAAGAUAAGAACUGGCUCACAGCAACACACCGUGUAAUGCUGAUCUCGAUGCAGCCAUAGUUCCAAGUGCCCUUCAACCAACCUGAGGAUGACACUCAGAGAAUAGGACUUCUGACUUCAUUCUUCACCUGCGGAGCCUUCAGCAUUCUACCAAAACAGCAUAAAAGUGAAACCAAGGCAGCCAUGAACCUGUUCAGGAAGGAUGCCAUGAGCACAAAGAAGGAGAAGGAGAAAGAGAUCCAAUAUGAGGACCCUCCAGAUGGAGGAUGGGGCUGGAUGGUGGUGCUGCAUUGCUUCCUGGUAAAUGUCCUAGUGAUGGGAACACUGAAGAGCUUCGGGAUCUUCUUCGUGGCCUUCCAAGAUGAGUUUGGAGGCUCGGCAGAGAGCAUCAGUUGGAUCGGCUCCAUCAUGUCGAGUCUGCGCCUGUCUGGAGCACCCAUUGCCUCUGUGGCCUGUGCCAAGCUGGGAGCCAGGGUGACCUCCAUCGCCGGGGCAGUGCUGGUUAGCGGAGGCUUCCUCAUGAGUAUUUUCGCCAACAGCGUGGUGUUCCUCUACAUCAGCAUGGGAGUGAUAGUUGGAAUGGGUUUUGCACUACUAUACCAGUCCUUCUCAGUGGUCACAGCCCUGUACUUUCGAAAGAGGUUAGCAACAGCGUAUGCAAUCGGGCGUUCUGGGAUGGGUUUGACCUUUGCCCUCGCCCCGUUCACUCAGCUGCUCCUGGACCAAUAUGCUUGGCAAGGUGCGAUGCUGAUUCUUGGGGGUCUCAUGCUGAAUCUGGUGGCCUCUGGGAUGCUUCUGCGGCCCAUCAACGUGAAGCCUCCCAUGUCAAACGCUACCUCUUCUCCCAUCCAAAAGAGUCCUGCUGUUUCCCUCAAGAGCUCCUCAGAGAAGGAAUACACUAAGAGCUGCUUGAAUGGCUCCUCUCAUUUGUCUAAUGGCAUCUCCAAAUCAGACUCAUUCCCAUCCUCUCCUCCCCCUCACAGGGACUCUGAGAACCUGGGGGGCCAAUGUACUCAGGGAGCCCAGGACCAGUCAGUGAACCCUGAAUUUACCAGACUGAUCCUCAAUGGUGUGAAUGGCCAUGAGCCUCACCAUGACUUGGGUCAGUGUAAACCCACCGCUCCAGACAGCUCAUUGGAGCUCAAUGGCAGCAUGAAUGGGUCCACCAUUGUUGGAUUUCCCUCACAUGCCAGCACACCCAGUGAGGUGACCGUCAAAAAAGCCAAAGUACUGGAUUUCUCCUUGCUAAAGGACCCAUUCUUUUGCAUCUACACUUGGUCCUUGGUCUUCAGCCAGCUGGCCUAUUUCAUCCCCUAUUUCCACCUGUCUGCCCGAGCCAGAACCCUGGGCAUCGACGCCAUGGAUGCUUCGUUUAUCAUCUCUGUGGCAGGUAUCACAGAGACCAUCGCCCAGCUGGCGUCAGGCUGGGUGACAGACAGGAACCUGUUUCAUAAAUACCACUACCACAAAGCCUAUCUGAUCCUGUGUGGCCUAGUCAACCUGCUUUCCCCACUGGCAACCUCCUAUAUCCUGCUGAUGGUUUAUGCAGUCUUCUUUGCCGUCUUCUGUGGCGGCUACAUGGCUCUGCUGCUGCCUGUUCUAAUCUCGUGGGCUCGGAGAAACUCAACAACUCCAUGGGCUUCUCCAUGUUCUUUGUCGGUCUGGGUUGCCUUACGGGGCCUCCUUUGGCAGGGUUCCUGUACGACUACACUCAGACUUACGACUGUUCUUUCUACCUGGCUGGGCUCUGCUAUCUGCUCUCCUCCCUCUCCUUGUUCAUGGAGCCGCUGGCUCGGCGCUGGAAAGCCAGGAAGAGAUUGGAUCAGACCAAGAGAGCAGAAAGCAGCUGUAAGACCAAUGGCUGUUUCACCCCAGACCGCCUGCAGAACGGCGCUGUGUAGGAAUGAAACCCAGGGAAGGCCUUCGAUCUUGAACCAGCAUGCUCAUGACUUGCCGUGGGCCUGCAUACCUUGGACCUUGGACUCCAGCUUAAAGUCGGGACCUAAGUGACCCUUAAUGUCUGCAGGAGCGUGACAUAGGCCGGGGAGAAGGAGAAUAUGACCACAGUAACAUGAUGUCUAAGAACAUACAAUAGUCAGGACGUUGGUGAAUAAAUGAUUAUGUUGAACUUUUAAAAAGCCAAAAUUUUAGUGUUCUGCAGAAUAUUUUAUCCCCUAUUCUUGUACACGCAUCAAAAACCGAAGACAAACCCCCUACAGGCCACAUCCAGCACAUUUUAGUAUUAGCAUCUUUGCUGCCAUGACUUCUUGAGGUCUAAUCUAAUUCUGUUUUCCAACAAUGCAACAACGACAAAAACACUCAGCUUUGCCGUAACAUUUAAUUGCUGGAAACUAAGCUAUGCAGUUGAGCUGGCAACCCUGUCUUGAACUAAUUUUUCUGACAUUAAUGGAGGCAUAUAUCCAUGAAGGAGAACUUUUCACCUGCUUUCCUUGGAAGCCUUUACCUGUAUCUGUAAAACUGACAUGCACUUUGGGCCAAGUUGUGACAAUGCUGCAUGACAUUUUCACAGACCUUUAACUGCCAUAUAGUUAAGAUACUGAGCAACCACACAAUUGCAGCCUGCCUCUAUGACACAAUGUGUAAUUUGCUCUACAGAGCCAAAAAGCAGUAAUUGCUUCACUAGUAUUUUGCCUCCGCACCAGCGUCAGCCAGGGCCGCUUUCAGGUUAUCCGUCCUUCCCUUUCUCAAAUUUGGCCCAAACAUUCAUUAAGCCUCAAGGAAGAAGAUUGCGGUGGUCAAAGGUCAAAGGUCUCUGUGACUUCUCAAAACACAGUUUUGGCCAUAACUCACAAAUUCAUACUCUAAUUGUGACACAAUCUAACACAAGUGUCUUAAUAGGUUAAAAUGAUGAAGUGAUGACAUUUUAUAUCCAAAUGGUCAAAGAUCAACUUCACUGGAACAUCAUAAUGUUCUGC